CUUGCACGCAAGUCAGUGCCAUGCCUCUGAGGGCGCUGCGGUUCGGCUUGUGCCAGGGUCUCUUGGCCCGGUGGUUCGGCACGCGCAGAGGAGCCUCCACUCUGGAUUGGCAUGGAAAGAUUUCUGAGAUGAAGAAGAAGAUCCAGUCAAUCCUGCCUGGAGGGACCUGGGAUCAGCUGAAUGACACCGGCCACCUGCCCCCCGAACAGGCAGACGUGGUGAUUGUGGGAGGUGGAGUGCUUGGCCUGUCUGUGGCCUAUUGGCUGAAGAGAUUGGAGAAGCAACGGGGUGCCAUUCGGGUGCUGGUGGUGGAACGAGAUCAUACGUAUUCACAGGCCUCCACGGGGCUUUCUGUGGGAGGAAUUCGUCAGCAGUUCUCAUUGCCGGAGAACAUCCAGCUCUCCCUCUUCUCGGUCAACUUCCUGCGGAAUAUCAAUGAGUACUUGGCUGUAGUUGAUGACCCUCCCCUGGACCUCCAGUUCAACCCCUCAGGCUAUCUCUUGCUAUCUUCAGAGAAGGGUGCUGCUGUCAUGGAGAGCAAUGUGAAGGUGCAGAGGGAGGAAGGCGCCAAAAUUUGUCUGAUGUCUCCUGAGCAGCUUCGGUACAAGUUUCCCUGGAUAAACACAGAGGGCGUAGCCCUGGCUUCUUACGGGAUGGAGAAUGAAGGCUGGUUUGAUCCCUGGUGUCUGCUGCAGGGGCUUCGGCGAAAGGUCCAGGCCAUGGGUGUCCUUUUCUGCCAUGGAGAGGUCACACGCUUCGUCUCUUCAUCAGACCACAUGGAGACAGCAGGUGGGGAGAAGCUGACUUUGAAAAGGAUUCACGAGGUCCAUGUUAAGAUGGACCACAGCCUGGAGUACCAGCCCGUGGAGUGUGCUGUCGUGAUUAACGCAGCAGGAGCCUGGUCUGGGCAGGUUGCAGAGCUGGCUGGUAUUGGGACGGGGCCCCCCGGAACUCUGCAAGGCAUCAAGCUCCCUGUGGAGCCAAGGAAAAGGUAUGUGUACAUAUGGCACUGCCCGCAGGGACCAGGCCUGGAGACCCCAUUUGUCACAGACACCAGUGGAGCCUAUUUCCGCCGGGAAGGACUAGGCAACAACUACCUAGGUGGCCGGAGCCCCUCCGAGGAAGAGGAGCCAGACUCGGGGAACCUGGAUGUGGACCAUGAUUUCUUCCAAGAAAAGGUGUGGCCCCCUUUGGCCCAGAGGGUGCCAGCGUUUGAGACUCUGAAGGUUCGGCGCGCUUGGGCUGGCUAUUACGACUACAACACCUUUGACCAGAAUGGGGUAGUGGGUCCCCACCCACUGGUUGUCAACAUGUACUUCGCCACGGGCUUCAGUGGUCACGGGCUCCAACAAGCCCCUGCUGUGGGGCGAGCUGUGGCAGAGUUGGUGUUGCAGGGCCGCUUCCAGACCAUCGACCUAAGCUCCUUCCUCUUUAAUCGUUUUUACUGGGGAGAGAAGGUCCAGGAGUCUAAUGUCAUCUGAGCUGGUAAGCUCUGCCCUUGGCCCCAGGUCCCCGUCCAUAACCUUUGGCUAUAGUUGGGUCCACAUUAGUCCCCUUUCCUGCCCCGUUCCUCAGCAGCUACAUGCCAGGGCCCCCAUCCUCCCACAGGUGGGUAGAACAGCCGCGCCUCGCCUCUCAACCCACUUCCUCACUGUUCUCCCCUUGGACCCAUAUGACUGGCAUGUGGCCGACUACAGACGCUGAAAUUUCCUGCACCUCAGGCCCAACCCAGGAGGCUGAUGGGUGGGGCCCAAAGACUAAUUUCUGGUCCAGGCUGAUGCUGCCUACCAAGGCAAUCCAGUUCAACAAUCUGGUCCAGGCGGAUGCUACCUACCAAGGCAAUCCAGUUCAACAAUCUCUGGUCCAGGCUGAUGCUGCCUACCAAGGCAAUCCAGUUGAACAAUCUGGUCCAGGCUGAUGCUACCUACCAAGGCAAUCCAGUUGAACAGAACACUCAGGAGUCUGGAAAAACGUGGACCAGGACUGGUUCCUUUUGGGUACUGGGUGAGAAAGAUUGCCACUGACUCUCCUGGCAGGCCCAGCUGAGCCCAGAUAAAGGUGAGCAUGCUGGGGCAGCCUGGGCCUGCAAUAUUGACUCAUCUGUGUACUUUGUCAUCAGUCAAUAAAUGUGGUUAACUCCUA